UUUUAACUGUUGACGUCUUGGUGGAGGGUGAAGUUAGUUUACUGGACGACCGAGCAAUUUCAUGCUCCAUAUUUUCUCUAGACAUUACGGUCAGCCAUGUCACUACAGGCCUUCCUUUUCCCUCUCCCUGAAACUCGAUUCUUCAAAGCAGGUAGUUACAUCUACAAGUUCAAGAUCAGAGGAGGCAGCAGCUACAGUGGAGAGGAGGUGAUAGAAAGACACAGCUUCGACCAAGAACUGGAGGAAAUUAUCAGAACUGUUCUGGGCAACCUGGACAGUCUCCAGCCCUUCUCUAGCACCAACUUCAAUGUCUUCCCAUAUAAGAAGCGGUGGGAGGGAAUGUCUAUGGUGAUGUGCAAACACAGUGAGGGAAAGCAGAGAGCCUACCCGUUUAUUCUUCUCCUCUACCUGGAGAAAAACAUGCAGGAUGGAAAGCAAGCAGAGAAUCAGUUGAGCCCAGAGAAAGAGGAAGUGCAGCAUGUCCCAUCUGUUUCUCAGCCACAGUCAAAGCGCUGUAGGAGAGAUUCACCACUAGAGGACGCUAUAAUAAAGGACUUAAUGAAGGACAUGGAGGCUGGGAGCAAGGGUUCCACUUUUGGCAGGGCUCACAUGGACAAUCCACAUGCAGAGGGAAAAGUCAAGGAAGAUCCAGGACAUACUGACAAGAAAGGGACCAAAGGGUUUGCUGAACCCCAAGAAGAAUCAGGUGUCAACACGUUCAGGGGAAGUUCAGGAGAAGUGCCUCCUGGGACAACAGAGGACAUGGAGGAGGAGGAGGAGGAGGAAGAGGAGGAGGGCGAUGAAGAGGGAGAAAAUGUAGACUCUGUCCCCAGGUCACCUGGGAGGCCAGGAAUUCUGACUCGACUGGCCAGCCAUAUCUUCCCCUUCUCCUUGUUCUUCAGAGACCUCUGAGAGCUGUCGCAGAGAGACAGGAGGUUUUACUCCUCUCUGGGUUUGUUUGGUUAAAAUUCUGCUCCGAGCGAGUGUUUUGGUUUCUCCAGAAACAAGAUUUCAUAGACUGUUCAUUUUCUUAUUCAUUCAUCCUCAUUUGAUCAUCUUUUUUGUGUUUUUCUGAAAUUUUCUCCUAUUAUUCUCUUGUCAUACAUGUUAGACUUUUCAAUAGAGAGAUUUUUUGUAUUUUUUUUAUUUUCUUAAAUAUGCCCUGUUGCUUCAGUCCAUCAGUCCAUCUUUCUGUUUGUAGCGUCGUCAACAGGCAAAUAAAUAUUAUUACUCUUUUCUUUA